UACAGCGUGAAAGUAAAUCAUGGGCUUUCCUUUUUCCAGGGCAAUAGGAUUCGGCACCCCAAGAAGAAACCUGCAGCCAUGGAUGAUUGGCCUUCUCGCUGUGUUGUCGUUGAUAUUGGUGGCAGUCAUCAUUGGUCUUCUAGUUCACUUCUUAGUCCCUGGGCAAAAAAUGGAGUACUACCAUGGCACCUUUAAAAUGGCACAUCUACAAAACAGUAAUAAUUCUGGAAUAAACAAAAUGUAUCAACUUAAAGAUUUAAGGGAGAUGAGCGAAAAUAUGGUGGAUGCGAUAUUUAUUGACUCAACCUUGAACAAGCAUUAUAUCAAGAAUCGGGUAGUCAGACUGACUCCAGAGGAAGAUAGUGUCAAAGCAGAUGUUGUUAUGGUAUUCCAGUUCCCUUCUACUGGGCAAAGGGCAGUUAGAGAGAAGAAAGUCCAUAACAUCUUGAAACAGAAGAUGAGGAACGUAAGAACCUUGAGGAUAGAUCCCUCAUCUGUCGACGUUAAUGCAAUGAGCUCAUCAACAGGAGAGCUAACUGUCCAAGCAUGUUGUGGCAAACGAGUUGUCCCAUUAAUAGUCAACCGAAUCAUGUCUGGAGACAUUGCAGCCAGGGCUGCCUGGCCUUGGCAAGCUUCCCUUCAGCGUGAUAACAUCCAUCAGUGUGGUGCUACCUUGAUUAGCAAUACGUGGGUCAUCACUGCAGCACACUGCUUUAAGAACAAUGCAAAUCCACGUCAAUGGACUGUCAGUUUCGGGACGACGAUCAACCCUCCCUUAAUGAAAAGAAACGUUAAGAGAAUCGUUGUCCAUGAGCGGUACCGCUCCCCGGCGAGAGAGUACGACAUUGCUGUGGUGCAGUUCUCUCCCAGAGUCACUUUUUCGGAUGACAUACGCCGCGUGUGUUUGCCGGAAGCUUCUGCUUCCUUCCGUCCAAACUCCACGGUCUACAUCACGGGAUUUGGAGCACUUUACUACGGUGGGGAAUCUCAAAACGACCUAAGAGAAGCCAGACUGAAACUCAUAAGUAAUGAUGUGUGCAAACAACCACAGGUAUAUGGCAAUGAUAUAAAGUUUGGAAUGUUUUGCGCUGGAUAUUUGGAAGGAAUUUACGAUGCCUGCAGGGGAGAUUCUGGGGGCCCAUUAGUGACGAAAGAUCUUAAAGAUACCUGGUACCUCAUUGGAAUUGUGAGCUGGGGUGAUAACUGCGGCCAGAAGAACAAGCCUGGUGUCUACACAGAAGUGACUUAUUAUCGACACUGGAUUGCUUCAAAAACAGGCCUCUGAUUCACUUUAGAGGUUAAACGAAGAGUUGUACGCAGGCCAUACAAGAGACAUGUAGUCAGAAGGUGAAACACAAUUAUCCGAGAUAAAGACUAACCCUGCCAGCACGAGACUGGAACAUGACGUCAUUUACAAUCACUAAUCAACCAAUUAAGGGUUCUAUUGAUAAAGGAAGGUGUUGUUCUGUCUGGUUUGAAAAAAAAAUAGAGAAAGUUAGCUGUUUAAAUUAUGUUAGCUGGAGUAUGAGUCACACGAAACAUUCCUGACAAUUGCCAAUGAGAUUUUUAGAAGGCCUGU